UGAGUUUUAGGAUUUCAUAGAAAGGGAAGACAUUAUGGACGAGGUGUCCCGGACCCCCUCGUUCUUGAUAGACAUUGAGCUCUGGCAGAAAUUUAAUCUUGAGCUCAGAGCUGCAUGUCAUUGGUGCACUCACCAUCAUACGACGACGCCGGCGGAAGCCGCUAAGCAGCUGGAACGAGGGGAGGGGUGGCCUCGAGACUGGAUAUCUCGCAAGGUAAAAAAUUCGACGCGCCAAUUCGGGGGAUUGUUCAUAUGCCCUGCCCCGGAUUGCGCCGGACAUUCGAAUGCUAAAGGCGAACGCCGACGGCGUUGGUUUUGUCGGUUUUGUAUAAACAGGCAUUUGAGCGUUGACCUCAAGAAUUUUUUCCAAUUCGACGAAGUGCAAGGCAAGUGGAUUCAGAUCCCCGACCUCUUCUGCUGGCAUUGCCAAGCCAGGUCGGGAGAAGCAGAGUGUAUAAAUUGCCCUCAGAAGCACACGAAACGAGCUAAGAGGGCGAAGGAGAAUCCCCUGCCACCCACACGAUCACUGCUUGGACCACCAGGUCACACGAAUGUUGCGGGAGUUGUAUCAGUCCUUCUCGCAGCAGCGGGAGAUGGCGAUUAUGAUGGAGUGUCGAGUGAGGGAAGGGGAGGACCAACAAAUGAAGCCCACAGUAUGGACGAAAGCAAUUUCGGGGUGGGUGAGACGCAUGUGCGAUUGGGACUUCCUAUGCAUGCUUCUCCGGUUUCAGAUUUUCGAUAUGGUCCUCCUCCCUUGCACCAGCAGCACCAACAGCAACCACCACCUCCAAGGGCCUUCUUCUCUGAGAAGGGCCUUGUGUGUAGGGAGUCGCAAUCAAGUGUUGUACCUCAUUUACUUGACUAUGUGAACAACUCCUGCACACCGUUUCAUGCUACAGCGGAGACAAGGAAUCAUUUGUUAAGCUCCGGAUUCCAAGAAAUAAGUGAAUGUGAAGAGUGGGCAGUGCAGCCAGGGGGACGCUAUUUCUUCACUCGUAAUAUGUGUUCCAUAUAUGCUUUCGCGGUCGGUCACAAAUAUAAGCCUGGGAACGGUUUUCAUGUGGUUGCUGCUCAUACUGACAGCCCAUGUCCUAAGUUGAAACCGGUUUCAUAUUCAGCAAAAGGGGGUUUUCUGCAUGUACGUGUACAGCCAUAUGGGGCUGGAGUUUGGCAGACCUGGUUUGACAGAGAUCUAAGUAUAGCUGGUCGCGUACUAAUUCGAAGGAAAGAUGGUGAGCUUGUUAACGAGCUUGUACGGGUGAGGCGCCCUAUACUUCGAAUUCCAACAGUGGCCAAGAUUCUUGACAGGGGACUAGCGGCAGAUGCCAGCAAGGCUGACGCAGAAGUAAAUCUAGCUCCGAUUCUGGCCAUGCAGAUAGAGUCAGAACUUGCUAUGUCUUGCGACUCUGAGUCAUCCAUGGCUAUGGAGCACAAUGAUCACGGAUCGCAUGUUUAUCCUCAACCGACCACCGCCCAUCACCCACUUUUGAUUCAGGUUUUAGCAGAUGAGCUCAAGUGCGAUGUAAGCGAGGUUGCAGAUUUUGAUCUCAGUGUAUAUGAUACACAGCCUGGCUGUGUUGGAGGUGCUCGUGAUGACUUCGUUUUUGCUGGACGGCUGGACAACUUAACCUCGACGUUUUGUGCAUUGUGGGCACUUUUAGAUACAUGCGCAGACUCUUCGUCUCUAGUGGAUGAAAGCUGUGUUCGCAUGAUUGCUCUAUUUGAUAGUGGGGAGUUGGGAGGAACGGAUUCAGUACAAGCAGCAGGACCAUCAACAUUAUUACAGGCUAUGACACGCAUUACUCGGUGGCUUGCUCGGGGUUCAGACAGCGAAGGAGUUGUUGAGCGAGCCAUGCGGAGGUCUUUGAUCGUGACUGCUGACAUGGUAGAUGGGAUGCACCCAUCACAAGUGUGUCCUCCUGGCCAAGAAGAGUCAUUUCAUCAGCCCAAGCUCCGUGAUGGACUUGUACUGAAGCAGGAUGCUGGCAAUUCUAACGACAUUAUGACAUUGUUCCUAUUUCGAGAAGUAGCUAAACGAAGUAGUAUCCCUAUUCAGAAUUUCCCUGUUUCAAGGGAGAUAGGCUGUUGUUCAACGGUUAGUUCAAUACUAGCUGCUGGUUACGGACUUCGGUUGAUUGAUUGUGGGGUGCCCCUACUUUCUAUGCAUAGUGUUCGAGAAAUGUGCAGCACUGAGGACAUUGACACAACUUUCCGACAUUUCAGGGCAUUUUUCCAGCAUUUCACAUCCAUGGAUGAGCAGCCGAGGGUUGAUGUUUAGUGCUUCGUUAACAACACAAUACUGUAAUAUUACAGAGCUGCAUAACAUCGGUUUCGGGCUUCCUCGUAGCAAGUUGCCCAUGGUUGUUAGUCCGUGACACCAGCUAAUUCCAGAUUGAUCACAAGCGAUUGUUGAUAGUCAUUAAUAUACACUGUAACGCACGUUCAUUGAGCAUGGCAGUGGUAAGUCUUUGCAUUGAAUCUAAUGAUGCAGUCCAGAGUGAAUUUUUGCUGCUCUG